AGCUCUGCUUCUGUGGCUCUCCUCUCUGGUCUAUCGAUUUUCAGGAUCUCGCAGACAUGGCCUCUCGUCGCAGGAAGGCUGAUGUCUGCGUGAGUAGGAACUCGAAAGCUGUAAUCACCUUUGGAGUUUCUUUGGUUCUUUCUUGGUUUCUCGUUUUCUCUAUGGUUUCAGCCACCAGUCUUGCUUAUUCGUCCGCAGGUACGGGGAUGGGUGAUUCUGACAGCUGCAGAAGUGAUUUGUAUCCAGAAAUUCUUCGGGACGAGGCAGUGGCCAGGCUUAAUGAGCUUGGGAAGGUGAGUGAUGCUGAUGGUUAUCUUGAGAGGACAUUCUUAAGUCCUGCCUCCACAAGAGCUGGCAAACUUAUUCAGAGCUGGAUGGAGGAUGCCGGUUUGAGAACAUGGAUGGAUCAGAUGGGGAAUAUUCAUGGUAGAACUGAUGGAAUGAAUGCAAGUGCAGAGGCUUUAUUAGUUGGUUCUCAUAUGGAUACUGUUAUUGAUGCUGGAAUUUACGAUGGUUCGUUGGGAAUAGUUUGUGCAGUGUCUGCAUUGAAGGUUAUGAAGAUCACGGGGAACAUAGAAAAACUGAAGAGACCAGUGGAGGUUAUUGCGUUUAGUGAUGAGGAGGGUGUUAGGUUUCAAUCAACCUUUUUAGGAAGUGCUGCUAUAGCUGGUAUUUUACCGGCUUCAGUGAUGCAGAUAUCUGACAAGAGUGGUGUAACAGUCCAAGAUGUUCUCAAAGAGAACUCUAUUGAAGUUACAGAAGAAAGCUUUUUGCAGCUCAAGUAUGACCCACAAUCAGUCUGGGGUUACAUUGAGGUACAUAUUGAACAAGGCCCUGUACUAGAGUCACUAGGUCUUCCCCUUGCGGUGGUGAAAGGUAUAGCUGGUCAGACACGUCUAAAGGUAACAGUGAGUGGUGCACAGGGGCAUGCUGGAACAGUCCCAAUGGCUAUGCGCCGGGAUCCAAUGGCUGCCGCUGCUGAACUAAUUGGAUUGUUGGAAAGCAUCUGUAAAGAUCCUGAGAGCUACUUGUCUUAUGAUGGCCAUUGUAAUGGCUUCACAGCAGAUUCUCUUGCAGGAUCACUUGUCUGUACAGUUGGCGAGAUAUCUAGCUGGCCAAGUGCAAGUAAUGUCAUUCCAGGCCAGGUAAUCUACACCAUAGAUUUACGUGCAAUGGAAGACAUGGCACGUGAAGCCAUUAUCUUUGAAUUAGCCAAUCAAAUGUACCGUAUUUGUGACAGACGUUCUGUAGCUUGCAUCAUUGAACGUAAGCAUGAUGCAGGAGCAAUCGUAUGUGAUCCUGGACUAAGUUCAAAAAUGAAGUCUGCUGCUUACUCUGCUGUGAAAAAGAUGGUAGGUGAGGUUAAAGAUGAAGUACCUGUUCUAAUGAGUGGAGCAGGGCAUGAUGCAAUGGCCAUGUCUCAUUUAACUGAGGUUGGCAUGCUAUUUGUUCGUUGUCGCGGAGGUAUUAGUCAUUCCCCCGCAGAGCAUGUUUUGGAGGAUGAUAUUUGGGCUGCAGGUUUGGCAGUCCUGGAGUUUCUUGACCAACAUGUAACAUAACAUGUUGUCUUUGUGAUUUACCCAAUUGUCGAUUGUAUCCGUAUGUACAGCUAUCUUUCUGAUGUACAUGUAAAACAGAUUGAUCAAUAUGAAGUAUUCAAAUAAAGUGAUCCUCGUUGAUAGUGCU